AUGCAUGUAAAAGAGACAAGAGGCUUCGUCAUGUCGACCACGGGUCCCAUAAGCAAUUAUUAUGUGGACUCUUUGAUAAACCAUGAAAGCGAGGAGGUGCUGACGACUAGAUUUUCGGCUCCGGAGCUGCUUUCUGCCGGCUCCCGUCAGGCGUCGCUUGUACCGGAGUGUACUGAUUUUCCUUCCUGCAGCUUUGCUCCGAAGCCUGCUGUCUUUACCACAUCGUGGGGCCCAGUUCAUUCGCAGUCUUCAGUGGUUUAUCACCCAUAUACUCACCAAGCUCACUUGGGAACAGAUUCCAGGUACGUGCGCUCUUGGCUGGAGCCAAUCUCUGGUGCUGUAUCCUUCCCAGGCUAUCCGACAAGCAGCAGACACUAUGGGCUGAAACCUGACGCCAUCCCGGAGCGUAGACCCGGAGACUGUCUGGCCUCCAACGGACACAGCUACUCUGACUAUCUCUACAGCUCCUCCGCUGAUAUCCGAGAUAAGACGCAUCAGAACAUCCCCUCUCCAGAGUCAGAGAUUUUAGCUUCUGGAAAGCACAAAGACGACAAGCCUGAAUUAGACCCGAAUAAUCCCGUGGCAAACUGGAUCCACGCACGCUCCACCAGGAAGAAGCGAUGUCCUUAUACGAAAUACCAGACACUCGAACUCGAGAAAGAGUUUUUGUUCAAUAUGUAUCUUACCAGGGACCGUCGAUACGAGGUUGCCCGAGUCCUGAAUUUAACGGAGCGGCAGGUUAAAAUCUGGUUUCAGAAUCGACGGAUGAAGAUGAAGAAAAUGAAUAAAGAAAAGACCGAGAGCAAUGAACAGUAACGCGCAAUGGCCGGUAUAAAUAAAAGGACACAAUACAGAACAACAUAUUCAGAAACAUACAAAUAACAGACUGAAUUACAAGAA